AGGACUAUGAUGGUCCAUACAUGCCAUCAAAUGCACACUCAUAAAGUCUGAGUUGUCAGUGUUCAAACUGAAAAACAUCACAUGGCAAGCUGUAAGUUAUUGCCUACUUCCUACUAGUAGUACUGGUAGUAACUGAAAGCUCCAAGCAGCAACAAUCUCAUAUCGAUCCUCUAGCUCCCUCGUCAGAUUACAGGGGAAACGUUCUUGAUCAUCAUCUCCCUCGUCAGCGGCUGCACGCACCAAUUAAGGCCUCACUCUGAGGCGAGUCUUUCUUCCUCACGCACCAACCCUCUGCUUGCCCACAAGCUCUGGUUCCUUGCGGUAUGAGCUGAUUGAAACAUCGGAUUGCUCAGUGGUCGUCAUCUUGGCGUGCACUGCUGCCAUUCCCAUCAAUCCAGCUCCAUUCGGCCUCGCCUUUCAUGUCCAGCUAGUUCACCUUGUAUACAUGAAGAGAACACCUCAUCUGUGCUGGUUACUUCGUCUUUUCAUUGCCCAUUGACCAAAGAAGCUAUCGAAAGUUUGCUGGAUGGCAACAAUAGUGGAUACUUUGGUUGGAUCAUGCAUCAAUAAGUUGCAAGCGAUCAUUACAGACAAGGCAAUACUCAUUUUAGGGGUAAAAGAUGAGCUUGAAGAACUGCAGCGAAGAACAGAUCUCAUAAGAUAUUCUCUUCAGGAUGCUGAGGCAAGGAGGAUGAAAGAUUCUGCAGUUCAAAAAUGGCUUGACCAGCUAAGAGAUGUUAUGUAUGAUGUUGAUGAUAUUAUUGAUUUGGCUAGAUUUAAAGGAAGUGUCCUACUACCUAACUAUCCUAUGUCAUCGUCAAGGAAAUCUACUGCUUGCAGUGGCCUUUCACUUUCAUCCUGCUUUUCUAAUAUUCGUAUACGUCAUGAAGUUGCUGUAAAAAUUAGAAGCCUGAACAAAAAGAUAGAUAACAUUUCAAAGGAUGAUGUAUUUUUAAAACUCAGCCUCACACAACAUAAUGGAAGUGGUUCAGCAUGGACACCUAUAGAAAGCUCCAGCCUAGUUGAACCUAACCUUGUGGGCAAGGAGGUCGUACAUGCUUGCAGAGAAGUGGUGGAUUUGGUGCUUGCACACAAGGCAAAGAAUGUUUACAAGCUUGCUAUUGUUGGAACAGGGGGAGUUGGCAAGACAACACUAGCUCAGAAAAUAUUCAAUGAUAAAAAAUUAGAAGGGAGAUUUGACCAUCGUGCCUGGGUUUGUGUCUCCAAGGAGUAUUCUAUGGUUUCCCUUUUGGCACAAGUUCUUAGUAAUAUGAAAAUUCAUUAUGAAAAAAAUGAAUCAGUUGGGAACCUUCAAAGCAAACUCAAAGCAGGCAUUGCAGACAAGAGUUUUUUCCUUGUGUUGGAUGAUGUAUGGCACUAUAAAGCAUGGGAAGAUUUACUAAGAACUCCACUAAAUGCGGCAGCCACAGGAAUAAUUCUAGUAACUACUCGAGAUGAAACUAUUGCUCGUGUAAUUGGGGUGGACCGCACUCAUAGAGUUGAUUUGAUGUCAGCCGAUAUAGGAUGGGAGUUACUUUGGAGGAGCAUGAACAUCAAAGAAGAGAAACAAGUGAAAAAUCUACGGGACACAGGUAUCGAGAUUGUCCGCAAAUGUGGUGGCCUACCUCUUGCAAUCAGGGCUAUUGCCAAAGUCUUAGCAAGCCUGCAAGAUCAAACAGAGAAUGAGUGGAGACAGAUAUUGGGGAAAAAUGCCUGGUCCAUGAGCAAACUUCCUGAUGAAUUAAAUGGUGCUUUAUAUCUGAGUUAUGAAGUGCUGCCGCACCAGCUGAAGCAAUGUUUUCUUUAUUGUGCACUUUUCCCUGAAGAUGCAACCAUUUUCUGUGGUGAUCUUACUAGGAUGUGGGUGGCUGAAGGCUUUAUAGAUGAGCAAGAAGGCCAAUUAUUAGAAGACACAGCAGAGAGGUAUUAUCAUGAGUUGAUCCAUCGGAACUUGCUCCAACCAGAUGGUUUAUAUUUUGACCACAGCAGGUGCAAGAUGCAUGAUCUCUUAAGGCAACUUGCUUCUUAUUUGUCAAGAGAAGAAUGUUUUGUUGGAGACCCAGAGUCACUAGGGACUAAUACUAUGUGCAAAGUACGGCGUAUUUCAGUUGUCACUGAGAAGGACAUAGUGGUGUUACCUAGCAUGGACAAGGAUCAAUAUAAAGUGAGGUGUUUUACAAACUUCUCUGGGAAGUCAGCAAGAAUUGAUAAUUCACUUUUCAAGAGACUUGUAUGUCUUCGCAUUUUGGAUUUGUCUGACUCACUUGUACAUGACAUCCCAGGUGCGAUUGGAAAUUUGAUUUAUCUGCGGUUGCUCGAUCUUGACAGGACAAAUAUAUGUUCUCUCCCAGAGGCCAUUGGCUCCCUUCAAAGCCUUCAAAUAUUGAAUUUGCAGGGGUGUGAAUCUUUGCGCAGACUUCCUUUGGCAACAACUCAACUAUGCAAUUUGAGGCGGCUUGGUCUUGCUGGUACUCCAAUAAACCAGGUUCCAAAAGGGAUAGGAAGACUGAAAUUUCUCAAUGAUUUAGAAGGAUUUCCUAUCGGUGGUGGAAAUGACAAUACCAAAAUACAAGAUGGAUGGAAUUUGGAAGAGUUGGGUCAUCUUUCACAGUUGAGGUGUCUUGAUAUGAUAAAAUUGGAGAGAGCUACUCCUUGCAGCAGUACAGACCCAUUUCUACUAUCAGAGAAAAAGCAUCUCAAAGUUCUGAAUCUACACUGCACUGAACAGACAGAUGAAGCAUAUUCAGAGGAAGGCAUUAGCAAUGUUGAGAAGAUCUUUGAGAAGCUAGAACCUCCACACAACUUAGAAGAUCUUGUUAUCGGGGAUUUCUUUGGGCGAAGGUUCCCCACCUGGCUUGGUAGUACCCAUUUGUCUUCAGUGAAAUACGUGCUCCUCAUAGAUUGCAAAUCUUGUGUGCAUCUUCCCCCAAUCGGACAGCUACCAAACUUGAAAUACCUAAAAAUUAAUGGAGCAAGUGCAAUCACCAAGAUUGGACCCGAAUUUGUUGGCUGCUGGGAGGGUAAUCUCAGAUCCACAGAGGCAGUUGCUUUCCCCAAGCUCGAAUGGUUGGUCAUCAAGGAUAUGCCCAAAUGGGAGGAGUGGUCCUUUGUUGAAGAAGAAGAAGUGCAGGAGGAAGCAGCUGCAGCAGCCAAGGAAGGGGGAGAGGAUGGAAUUGCUGCUUCGAAGCAAAAGGGGGAGGAAGCCCCGUCUCCAACUCCAAGGUCGUCGUGGCUGCUGCCUUGUUUGACGAAGUUGGAUCUCGUGGGCUGCCCCAAGCUGAGGGCUCUCCCACCACAGCUUGGACAGCAGGCCACCAACUUGAAGAAACUCUUUAUAAGAGACACAAGAUACUUGAAGACGGUGGAGGACCUCCCGUUCCUCUCUGGUGGCCUUCAAGUUGAAGGAUGUGAAGGACUGGAGAGGGUCUCCAACCUUCCCCAAGUGAGAGAGCUGUUUGUAAAUGAAUGCCCGAAUUUGAGGCAUGUCGAGGAGUUGGGUGGUUUGGAGCAGCUAUGGCUGGAUGAAGGUAUGCAGGAGAUCUCUUCACUGUGGGUCCCAAGGCUUCAGGAGCAACACCGCCAGCUCCAUGGAGAUGAGCAUGAGCUGGAGGUCACCGAGUGGCUCUGAGACCCAAUUAAUUUAGAUGGUGCAAGGUUGCUAAUCUCGAAGAUUUGGGCAGUGCAGGCACUUUCUUAUUUAUUUGUUAUCUUUACCUAGUUACCGAUCUAUGGAAGAUUUAAGAAAUCCAAAAAAAAAGAAAGAAAAAGAAAAAUCCAAAAAAAGGUAAAACUUAGCAAAAAAAAAGAAAAAAAACAGGGGCAUUUGCUUUACCUCAUGAAAUGUAUUUCAUUUUUUUUUAUGAUUUGUGUGUGUUUCUUCUUCUUCUUCUUCUUCUUCUUCUUCUUCUUCUUCUUCUUCUUGUAGCUGUGUAGGUAACUCCGCCUAUGUCACUUGAGGUGUGAUUUUAAUGACAUAGCCGGUCCCAAGCCCGGAAAAGGAGGAGGGGAUAAUCUUGUAUAUAUACUUGUCUAGUGAAAUGAUGCUGUGCUGCUAGGUGGAUCAUUGAAAAUUUUCUUGAAAUUUGCUGCAUUCUUGUCAA